GCCUGGGCCCCGGCGUUAAGUCAGCCACAGUCCCAGCCUGCCCCGCGCCGGCAAACGAGAGCAGAUCCAGUGACUCACUGCCGCGCUAACUCCUCGCUCGCUGUCGCCUCACACACGCUCAUACCCGGCGCGAGAUGGCGGCGGCGGCGGCGGCAGCAGCGGCGGGGGACUCCGAUUCUUGGGACGCAGACACGUUCUCCGUGGAUGACCCAGUGCGGAAGGUGGGGGGCGGCGGCACCGCCGGCGGGGACCGCUGGGAAGGCGAGGACGAGGACGAGGACGUCAAGGAUAACUGGGAUGAUGAUGAUGAUGAUGAAAAAAAAGAGGAAGCAGAAGUAAAACCAGAAGUAAAAAUUUCAGAAAAGAAAAAAAUAGCAGAGAAGAUAAAAGAGAAAGAACGGCAACAGAAGAAAAGGCAAGAAGAAAUUAAAAAGAGGUUAGAAGAGCCUGAAGAACCUAAAGUGCUAACUCCAGAAGAACAACUAGCAGAUAAACUACGGCUAAAGAAACUACAGGAAGAGUCAGACCUCGAAUUAGCAAAAGAAACUUUUGGUGUUAAUAAUACAAUUUAUGGAAUAGAUGCCAUGAACCCAUCUUCAAGAGAUGACUUCACAGAGUUUGGAAAGUUGCUAAAAGAUAAAAUUACACAAUAUGAAAAGUCAUUAUAUUAUGCCAGUUUUUUGGAAGCCUUAGUUCGAGAUGUGUGUAUUUCAUUGGAAAUUGAUGACUUGAAAAAGAUUACCAAUUCAUUGACUGUACUCUGCAGUGAAAAACAGAAACAAGAAAAGCAAAGCAAAGCCAAAAAGAAGAAGAAAGGUGUGGUUCCUGGAGGGGGAUUAAAGGCCACCAUGAAAGAUGAUCUCGCAGAUUAUGGUGGUUAUGAUGGAGGAUAUGUACAAGACUAUGAAGACUUCAUGUGACAUUUUAUCUUCUCCUGGUGUCUUCUUUCUGUUGCCCACAAUCCCUUCAACAUGUAGCACAACUUCCUUUCCUUUCAGUUCUGCCAAAUGCUACAAUCAGAAGUGCAGUAUCUUUUGUGCUGUUUAUUUAACUCCUUGACACUUAGGUGCUAAUGUGCAAAUGAGGGAACUUGGAUCUUGCUGCCAAGGGGUUAAAAUUGGGAACCUUCGUUGCUACUAAAUCAUAGUUUAAAAAAAAAAAACAAAAAAAAAAACCUAAUAAUGUUGUCAUUGUUGCUAUCUGAUUCCAUAGCAGCAGUCACUAAAUUGGAAACAAAGGUUGCAACAUGACAAAAAAUUGUGUAGUAUUUACCAGCACCAUUCAGUAAUACAGCCUUAACCAUACCUCCUUGAACUACUUCAUAACUUGUCAAGAAAAGCAGUCUGCAGCAAGGGCAUGUGGUAUGCACCUAGUAUUAAAAUUGCUUUGUCUUAAAAUUGAGCGUGAGGAUAUUAAAAAUACAUUGUGAAGAAGACUGCUUAUCUCUGAAGAUACGGCGACUGAAAAGCACUAGUUUGAUACUUAAAAAUUAAAAGACCAAAACCCUCCAACUUUGAAGCUGAAGAAGGUAAACCUCUCCAUUACUGCAUUGCAAGUUGUGGAAUCUCUUGAAUGCAUAGACUGUCUAGUUUCUAUUUAUCAGACUAUUCUACCAAUGGAGUGCUUCAGAUGGGGGAGGGGAACUCUACCUGUUUUAUCUGCCUGAUUUAAGUGUCUGAGAAACAAACCUCUUCUGUUCUCCUAGGCUGCAAUGGACAACUUUAACAGGGUUUUGGCAUUUCCUUUCCUUUAUAAAACAUGCUCAGCAAACUGCACCAGUUAAUUACAGUUUGGUAAAUUGUUAUGUUAACAAUUAUGACAUCUGCAAUGUUUUAUAAAGCAACUAAUUUAAUAAAGUUACUAUUGUAAGGACUUAAA